UGACACCAUUAAUGGCAGUUUAAAAACAGUUUCUAUUUUUAUCUUGCUUGGGGUUUUAAAAGGUCUGGUCUAGAACCCGAGUACGUCCUUUUCCUUCUCAUCAUUUUCAUCGCUCUCACAAGCGAUUGCCCGUAAUAUUUAAAGUGCAGUAAAGAUUCAGCUAGAUAAUCCACAACGGACAUCAUGGUUUUUAUUGUGCUGUCAAGAGCCCUUGUGCUGGUCUCUCUGCUUCAUCUUUGUACUCAGAGUGUGGAGGGUGAACGUGUGGACAUUAAUACUCUGGCCAAAAUGACAAGAUUUUUUCAUUUUAAUUAUGAAAUAGGGCAGUAUGCAGUAGCCAUCAACGUCCCAAAGAAUCAGUGUAAGAAAGGUUUCAUCCCGUCGAAAUCUCCCAAUUUCCUGAAAGACGACAAAAAAGCAGAGGUGAAAAAUAUCAUAAGUGCUGAUGAAAAUCCAGUUUAUGUGGGCAACGAGCUCAUUGCUGCGGGCGUCCAGAAGAAACCAAAUACUGCUCAUUCAGAGUAUCUGCUGAUGAACCCUCCAGAUAAUUCACCCUUGACAAACUUGCUGAAUAAGAGAAAUGAUGGUUGUGUGGUUUUCUACACAUUAAACUCUCCCUGUAUGAACACCUGUCUCAGUGGCAAGUACAACAUCAUAGGAGGGCUUAAUAAAUUAAAAGCAUACGGGGGAAUUAAAGCUUUUGCUUUUAAAAACAUCUGGAGUCAGGAUCAAACCAGACAAGAUGAUCUGAAAGAGAAACUUAAGUUGAUUGCUAGUCGAGUUCCGCUCUACCGCUGUAAUGGAAAUGCUUGUACCCUUUGUGGAGAGCCAGGGUCAGACACUGAAAUCAAUGUGUCUUGUUUAACUAAAUAACUAUUCAUUAUUAUUAUUAUUUUGGAAUGCUGAGGUACUGAUGUUCAAUGACUCUUGCUUAAUUCAUUGUCUUGACUAAAAUGUAUUCUGUUUUUUCAUGCAUUGAUUCAGAUGCGCUCUGCGUUAUUAAAAUGGCUUUGCUAUUGUUUUGGCGAUGUUGAAUCAAUUUAUUGAUGUUAUAACAUGUUGGCUCUUUGCAUUAUAUGUUACACAAUUAGCAUGUAAAAACAAAAUAAUAAAAAAAACCACUA